AUGAAACUAAGGGAGUCAAAGUUACUGAUGGAUGGCCAUGCUGCACUGGUGUCAGAGGUACUGGAAUUAGAAAAUAGAAUUAAACCACAGUCAAAAGACUCCGUGAAUAUUGAAGCCCCUACUUUACCGGUGUCACUUUCGGACGGAGAAGAGGAUAUAGCAUUGAGGAAACUGAGAAAGGAGAAAGGCUAUAAUUCGGACAUGGAGGUGAACUUAUCAAAAAAGCUAGAGACAAAGGCAGUGAGGACAUCGCAAAGAGUUGUUCUUGUGCUUUCAGAACCGUUCAUGGAUGAAAGUCAGUUACAAAGAGUGGCAUACUCCCUAGGCUUCGAUAACUUCUGUUCGAAUGAAGCUAUGGGAGGCAAAAUUUGGGUGAUUUGGAAUCAUCAAUAUGAGUUUGAUAUGGUUGAUAUGUCUGAUCAAAUGGUGAUAGGAUGGUUGUUGGCAGGCGAUUUUAACAUUAUUCGUGAGGAUGGAGAAAGAAUUGGGGGUCAACCUAGACCUCUGUCGGCAAUGGGAGAAUUUAAUGAUUGCCUUGACAAUUGUGGCCUCGUGGAGAUGAGAGCACAUGGUAGACGUAUGUCUUGGUGCAAUGGUCGAAGUGGUCAAGCAAUGAUGUGGGCUAAGUUAGAUAGGGUGAUGGUGAACUCGGUUCUCUUGAAUGAACAUAAUUUCUGUGAAAUGGAGUUCCUAUCAAGGAAAAGCUCUGAUCAUUGUCCCAUGUUAAUUCACUUUAGCAAGGCAUUCUUGAGGUAUGGUCCAUCUCCUUUUAGAUUCCAGAAUAUGUGGAGUAUGCAUGAUACAUUCAAUCAGAUGGUUAUGUGGCAAAGUGGUUUUGACCCAAAUUUAGAGGCAGAAUUCCUUGAUACAAAGGCAGAGCUACAACUUUGGGAGAAAAGGGAAGAAACCAGAUUGGCACAAAAAGCAAAGAAGAAAUGGCUGGUUGAAGGAGACCAAAACUCGAAAUUUUUCCAUGCAGUGGUUAAUCAACGGAGAAAGUCUUCACACAUCUCUUCUAUGCGACUAUCUGAUGGGAUAGUGUUAGCUUCGCCAGAAGAGGUUCAUAAUGGUGCCGUUAAAUAUUUUGAACAAACCUUGCGCGAGAAUGGGACAAGUGAACAAGGAGAUCUGGCUUCCAUACUUUCUGCAGUUGUGUCAGCAGAGGAUAACGAUCUUUUAUGUGUGGAACCAACAGAAGAAGAGGUAAAGGAUGCAUUCUUUUCUAUACCAACAGAGAGUAGCCCCUGA